AUAAAUACCGCGGAGCCUCUGUCCGGACGCUCUCUGUCUCCGCUCCCCUCACACCGCAGCACCCGAGGCUCGCCAGCCCUCUGAAGUCACACGAAGAGCUCUCAAACGAGCGGAAUUAAUUCCCACAAAACACGUCGAGAGAAGACAAAAAAGACAGCAACGAAGGAAUAUUUAGAACCGGAACAAGUGGGAGGAAUACAACUUGUUGAUCAUCCUAUUUUUUUAUUCUCAAAUAAAAAUCACUGGAAGUUUUGACAUCAUGAGGAUUUUCAGUGUUGUGCUCCUGCUGGUUCACGCCUUGGUGGUGUCCAGACUGGCCAGUGGUGCCGCAGUUGACAGGUAUGAGAGCGACAGGCAGCGGCACACAGCUGUUAUCAACUUUUUGGACACAACCAAAGACAGGAGGGUGGAGGAGGAGAGCAGGAGUGUGGAUGCGACGACAGUGGAGUACGGUCAGGAAGGCGAGGAGGAGUACAACGAUGAAUAUUAUUUUGAAGACGAGUAUGAAGAUGGCAUGUCUGGAGACUAUGAAGUGGAACGGCCACAAGUUGCCAUGUCAAGCAAACCCAAAGACCCAUCUGCCAUCCUCGAGGCUGAAAGCACUGAUGGAAAGAGAAGGAGAGGAAAGGGAAGAAAGAGGGGGAAAGGCAAGGGAAAGAAGAGGAAUCCUUGCCUGAAGAAGUUUAAGGAUUUCUGCAUUCACGGCACCUGCCAGUAUCUGCGGGAAAUCCAUUCCCCGUCCUGUGUGUGCCACCUGAAUUACUCUGGGGAAAGGUGUCAGUUUUUCACGCUGCCCUUGGAGAAGCCCCAGGAGGGCUACAACCGGACCACAGCUCUGGCCGUGGUGGCGGUAGUGCUGUCGUCCGUCUGCCUCAUCAUCAUAGGCCUUUUAUUAUUGCUCAGGUUUCACAAGCGGGGAGCGUAUGACGUAGAGAAUGAAGAGAAGGUCAAAUUAGGGUUAGCGUCCAACCACUGAAGAGACAAAGAGAGGCAAAGAUGUGGAAAUUCUACCUCAAAAUAGAAAAAGAGAAGUGAAGCGCGAAAGGAGGUCCUAGAGGAAAAAGGAUCGUACAUGAAGAAGGGAACAGAGGUUUUUGUCUGCCUGACCCUCUGCUAGACGUUCAGAUGAAAAAUGGGCCACUGAACAUAUUCCUGAAGGCCUCAGAAAGAAGACGGCCCGCCUGAAACUGGAAUACUAACGGCCCAGAGGAUGGACUGGAGAUGUGGCGAGCAACAGGUGAUAAGCACGAAGGAACGAGAAGAAGAAGGAACAUUUGCUGCUUCUUGACUGUGCGAAAAGAGGUCGUUUCAGACUGAACUGAACAAGAUAAAGAUUUUUAACAACGAGAGCUCAACCUGGAUUUUUUUUUCUCAACAGAUAGCAUUUUCUAUUUUCCUGCACAUGUCCAUGUUUUUUUUUGUGUACAGUAAACGGUAUAUUUAUGAUUUUAAUUUAUUUAUUUAAGCUAAAUGUAUUUAUAGAGAUUUUAACCACCUUCAACAGUUUUUAAAAUUAUGAUGUUACAGUUGUUUUUAUAUUUCUUAUUGGACGAUAUGAUAUUUAUUUAGGAAACAGAAAAGGAAACAAUGCAGAAGCUCCUUGAGAUAUUAAGUAUUUCAUGAAAUGAGAUAUGAUGCAUAAAUAUCUGAUUUUCUGGCUUUAUAUUUGGCACUCAGUAGAUGAUCAAUAGCACUGUGGUUAAUAAAUUGAUCAUUGAAUAGACUAGAUCGCUUAAUUAUUCAGUGUUUUUUCAUUGAGAACAAUGCUUUUCAGGAACGCCCUGCUCACACUCACAGUUACACACGUUCAAACCUGGAAGCUGCCCAGUACAACCAGUUGGAUCUGUCAGCCACUAAGCAGCUCCACUGUAGAAGUUAAGGGUUCAGGGCCUUGCUCAAAGACACAUGACCGUGAUGCGGUAUGAGGCAAGCACUGCUCUUUCACUUCCCCCACCCAAAAUGAUCCUUCAGCUCUGGGGAUCUUUAGGCCACAUUAGGCUUACUGUUCUGCCUCAGUGUUAUAAUAACAGAUCAGUGUCUGUCAUUAUGAUACAUCCCACUGGCUAUUUAUUGAUUAAAGGCAACAUACAAACUGUGCACUUGGUGUCUAUGUUGUUAAGAAACUUUUAAAAGGGAGUCAAAUAUCAUAUGCACUGUAGCAAGAAUUUGGUAUGAAUAUGUUGUAUUGUCAUGUCAUCAUCAUUAUAGAAACUCCCUCAGAUCCGUGUUCAGCUGACAAAGCAAAAAAUGUGAAUUAAAGUGUUCCACCCUUUCAAAUCCUGUCCUAUAGUUUUGAAGUGAUUUAUAUUUAUGUGAUUUUUUUUUCAGAGCAAAAUAAAAGAUUCUCAGAA